AUGGAGGAAUAUGUUGACCUGCUCCCCUACAACACAUUUCACAUUUCAUCGACAACUCGAUACUUUGUCCGUGUGCGGUGUCCGGAUCAGCUAGAGGCAUUGGUGCACUCGCCCAUAUUUCAGACUCGACCCCAUCUCGUCCUUGGUGGUGGUAGUAAUAUUCUAUUCGCCAAUGAUACAUACGAGGGCAUCGUACUGAAAAACGAAAUCAGCGGGAUAGAAAUCGUCUCUCAGGACGAGAAGCACACAGCACUUCGUGUUGGUAGCGGGGUCGCUUGGACAGCACUGGUCUCAUACUGCCUCGACCAUGGCCUCGGGGGACUUGAAAAUCUGGCCCUCAUCCCAGGUACCGUGGGCGCAGCACCAAUACAGAAUAUCGGUGCGUACGGUGUGGAAUUCAGCAAUGUGCUGGAAAGUCUAUGCGCGAUCGAUUUGACUACUGGAGCCAGACGACAAAUGUCCAAUGCCGAGUGUCAGUUCAGCUAUAGGGACAGUGUGUUUAAACGUACUUUACAAGACGUCUUCAUUGCCAGUGUUACCGUCAGGCUCAGCAAUCCUAGCAACCAUCGAUUGAAUACGACAUAUGGCUCAAUUCGACGCAUUCUGGAAGAUCGGGGAGUGCAAGUCCUCACGAUCCAGUCAGUCGCAGAAGCUGUGUGUCUGCUACGCAGGAGCAAGUUGCCUGAUCCAGAUUUGCUCGGAAAUGCGGGCAGUUUCUUCAAGAACGCAGUCAUCGACCAGCUUGCGUACAACGCUCUGCAGGCUGUUCACCCAGCGAUCUCUGUGUUUUCGAGGGCAGACGGCUCGAAAGUCAUCCCAGCAGCUUGGCUGAUUGAGAGAUGCGGCUGGAAGGGCAGGAGGAUCGGCCCCGUGGGAGUGUAUGACCAGCAUGCUCUCGUUGUAGCAAACUACAGCAGCGUGAAUGGCUUUGAUGUCCUGCAGUUUGCCAGUCGAAUUCGGGAGGAUGUUAUGGACCGAUUUGGCAUAUGGCUUGAGUUCGAAGUAAGGAUCGUCACGUAA